AAGGGUAAGGCCAGCUCUGGGCUGAGGAGCGAGGACGCAGCACUGAGCUUCAUGCUUUCCCAUGGCUUCAAUUUCUCUCUCCUUCUCUUCUUCCCUCCUUCCCUCCCCAAUUUCUAAGGACAAAUGCAAGAUCCACCAUAUCCCUAAUCCUGUAACCCACAACCCACCCCUUCGGAUUAUCCGCUGCGCCACUGCGUCUCCAUCGUCGAAAACUUCUUCUUCUUCCUCCUCUUCGGUCGCUAAAAAGAGGCACUGGAAAGUAGGUGAAUUUCCGGGUGUUUCCAAAACAACUUUACCUGGCAGUGAGAGGAGGACUCCAAUUAAGAAUGUGAAGAAGAAGCUGGACCGAAAGGUCAAGGCUAAGGCGUGGGUCAACACCGUCACUGAAUGCUUGGCUGAUAGAAUUGAUAAAAAACAGUGGCUUCAAGCUCUUGAGGUAUUCGAGAUGCUCAGAGAGCAACCCUUUUACCAACCAAAAGAAGGGACUUACAUGAAACUCAUUGUAUUGCUUGGACGAUGUGGCCAACCUCAACGUGCACAUCAGCUUUUCAACACUAUGGUUGAAGAAGGUUGUCAGCCUACUUCUGAACUUUACACGGCUUUGCUCGCAGCAUACUGUCGCAACAAUCUUAUUGAUGAAGCAUUUUUAACUCUUAAUGAGAUGAAGAAGCUCCCUCUUUGCCAGCCUGAUGUUUUCACUUACAGUACUUUAAUUAAAGCUUGCGUGGAUGUUUUGAAAUUUGAUUUGGUUGAGUCGCUGUAUGAAGAGAUGGCGGAAAGGUCUAUCACCCCAAACACUGUCACUCGAAACAUUGUCUUAAGUGGAUAUGGCAAGGCAGGGAAGUAUGAUCAGAUGGAGAAAGUGCUGUCAAAUAUGCUGGAUAGUACAACGUGCAAGCCUGAUGUGUGGACAAUGAACACAAUCAUCAGUAUCUUUGGUAACAAGGGCCAGAUUGAUAUGAUGGAGAGAUGGUAUGAAAAGUUUCGAAAUUUCGGGAUAGAACCAGAAACACGCACUUUUAACAUUUUGAUCGGUGCUUAUGGAAAGAAAAGAAUGUAUGAUAAAAUGUCCUCUGUGAUGGAGUAUAUGCGCAAGCUUCAAUUUCCCUGGACAACUUCAACUUAUAACAAUGUGAUCGAGGCAUUCGCAGCCGUCGGGGAUGCUAAACACAUGGAAUAUACAUUUGAUCAGAUGCGUGCUGAGGGUAUGAAAGCUGAUACCAAGACUUUCUGCUGCCUUAUCGAUGGUUAUGCCAAUGCAGGUCUCUUCCAUAAAGUAAUUAGCAGUGUUAACUUGGCUAAGAGGUUUGAGAUACCUGAGAAUGUCUCAUUUUACAAUGCCAUCAUCUCUGCAUGUGCAAAGGCAGAGGAUUUGAUCGAGAUGGAGAGAGUUUUCAACCGUAUGAAGGAUAACCAGUGCCAACCAGAUGACACUACAUACUCUAUCAUGAUUGAGGCCUACAGCAAAGAAGGUAUGCGUGACAAAAUUUACUAUUUAGAGCAGGAAAAGCAAAUGAACACUGAGGAUAUAAACAGUGGGUAAGCUAGUGAAUGAAAUUCAUUUUGUUCCUACUUAGAAUUCAGAGUGCACUACAUCCAUACUUGUAAAUGUCCUUCAAUUUUUUCCUUUUUUUUUUUUUGGGGAGCAGCUCUAGUCUUUUUUCUUCCCUUUUGACGUUGAAUGAGUUAUCAGUUGAGUAAUGAAGCUCCAUUUUCUGGAUGAAUUAUCAGAAGUCCUGCUUGACUUUGCUUUUCAAGUGUAGUUUUACUUUGGCAUCCGUUGUACUUGGCAGAUGAUGGAAUUUGGGUUGUUCUUU